AUUGCACAAGGUCACGAUAUCACACCUAGCUUCACACGUAAACUUUGUUUUGAGGAAAUACUCGACAAGAGAGCCAAUUUUUGUAGCCUGAUCUUUGUUAUAGCCGAUUGGCAAAGCUACGCGAGAAACAACUUCUUAUCAUUGGUGUGUAUCCACAGAGUCAGCAUUGCAGAUCACAUUUAAAAGACGCCAUGAGUAACUUUGUUUGGUGGAGGAACAUGCUGGGUCAAAAGCUAACAGAUGAAGAAAUGAGAAAAAUAAAGUACCCGGCAACAGAACUCUACACUCAUGUUACUUUCAAGACCAUUCAAGCUGGGGCGCUUCUUGGUAUGGUCAUUAUUGCUCCCGUAGUUCGCCUUGCUGCUGGCCCUCGCACUUUAGGGGCCGUUAAAGAGACAGCUCUUCGGUAUGGAAGAAAUGGAGCGAUCAUUGGGAUUCCUCUGGGACCUCUAAUGACUUUUGCAAAGGCUAACAGUGGUGCAGGCAUUGAUGAUGACGGAAUGUUUGAUCGUACAUAUAGAUUAAGGUAUAACCGGAACCAAAUACGAGUAGAUCAAGCUUCCAUUCUUGGAUCCGUAGGAGGUGCAAGUGGGAACUUUUUGCUAGGGGGCUCAGCUGUGUCAGGUGCCGUGGUAGGCCUGGUUGGAGGAACCAUCGCUAUGGGUCUAUACAACACAGUUAAUGCCGAGAGGCAUAAAUGAACUUGAAACAUAGAUGCUUUUGUUUACGACGGGAAGGAAAAAUCAGCGCUGUAAGAGUUCAUGUUCAUUUCGACUGUAAUUUCAUUGACCGGGCGCAGUAACAUAUGAUUUGAGGUUUUUUAUCUUUUCGUGUUUAUCAGUAAUCCAUGUCAUUGAAGUAGAAUGUCUCAACAUUUGUAGAAGUACCAAUGCAAAAUUCUAUCAUAUCUGAGGUAUAUAAAGAUGAUCACAUUAAACUCGUCGUAAACUCAAGAAUGAUAGAAUUAGAAGUAGCGAAAAGAGGCUGAAAGCAAGCGUAUAACGAAUGAGACGAACGAAAUAUGAAUACUGGACCGCUUUCUAUUUUUGUUUAUAAGCCGGAGAUAUAAGUUCAACAGUGUGCAACAACAAACGACUGUCAAAAAAUGCGUGUAUUCCAUUUUGGAAAUUGCUCGUGGGGAGAAACAAAAGAUUUAUUUUUCCGUCGGCCAUUUGACUAUUUCAUUAUGCCAACUCUAGUAAAACAGUGUGCCAAGACCGCCAACAAAUUUGUUGGAACUGAGCGAUGCACGACGGUAGGUGACUAACGCAUGCGCUACAAUACUAGCUUGCGAAAAGACACUGAGUUUGAGCCUCGGCUCAAAAGCCUUUUACUCUGUAUGUUUCGUUUUCUGAAAUUUUUCUUGUUGGAAUUUCAACGUAGACAUCUCGACCCGGAUGCUAGUGUGAAGAAUCCUACCGGCUAACACAGGGCCUCUCGAAUGCCCAAUCCUCAUCAGGCCUCGAUUCUUUCUUUUUCCACGAACACGACGAGUGAAUUGAAUAAAUCCUGUAGUACCUAACCAGACACCACUUUCUCAGUGAUCAUUUUGCGACAGCCAGGGUCACAUACCUCGGCGUUAUUGAUUCUUUUGGGUUAGUGAGUGCUGACAUGACAUGAUAGGUUUACAGAAUAAUAAACAUGCAAUGAAAAGAGGUAUACUAAACACCCGUUUAUUGCUCGAACUUUAAAGUCAAUACAAAAAAGAAAAGACUAGCGUAAAUGCAAAAAUCUGCUUAUCAUCCAUCCAUCUUCAUGCAAGACGGGAUUCCAUCUUUUUAAUAAAAUCUAAAAUCCAGUCAAAUUGUAAGCGCACGAAAGAAGAUUUCAUUCAGUACAGCGACGAGCGGUAAAAAUUACGCUGUAACUGUAAAAUGUAACCGUAAAAUAUAAUGGCCAUCAGGUUU